AUGCUUGGUGGAGUUUUCUCAAACAAAACAGAAGCCAAAAACAUCAACACGAAAUAUAAAUAUUCCAUUUUAAAUGAAAUUAAUGACGAAUUUCGAGACAAUGAUAGAAAAUUCACAUUCGCUCUUUUCUAUCCUGAACUCAAAUUGUACAAUAUUUGGCAGCAAAGUAAUAACCCUCUUAACGAACCGAAGAAAUGGACCACUAACAAUUAUUAUAAAGUCCAAGGGUAUAGAAACUUUACAACUUUAGCAGAUCGAAAGCAUGAAAAAUGCAACUGGGGUGGACUUGUUUUGAGUCACACAGAGAACUUAAUUGACGGUUGCCCCGGAGGUGAAGACUGGUACUUCACUAUUGGAUACGUCGGAAGACCAUGGUUUUCUGUUACUGAUAAAAUUCCUUCAAACGAUAGUCCAGUUAAUGUUGUAAGUAUGUGGGUGAAAGUCAUUAACGAUAAAUACACUAUCAUUCAGUCAUGCAUGUGCAAAUACUUCAAUAAUAACCAUUUGGAAUAUUUAUCUUUUAUCAUUCUCUUCCUUUGCGAAUAA